CAAAUGCUGCAAAUACUGGCCAGAUGACACAGAGAUAUAUAAAGACAUUAAAGUCACCCUAAUAGAAACAGAGCUACUGGCAGAAUAUGUGAUAAGAACAUUUGCUGUUGAAAAGAGAGGCGUUCAUGAAAUCCGGGAGAUCAGACAGUUUCACUUCACUGGCUGGCCGGAUCAUGGGGUCCCCUACCAUGCCACUGGCCUGCUGGGAUUUGUCCGGCAGGUCAAAUCCAAGAGCCCGCCCAAUGCAGGCCCAUUGGUGGUGCAUUGCAGUGCUGGUGCAGGAAGGACUGGCUGCUUCAUUGUUAUUGACAUUAUGCUGGACAUGGCCGAAAGGGAAGGGGUGGUGGACAUCUAUAACUGUGUCAGAGAGCUACGGUCUCGGAGAGUGAACAUGGUGCAGACAGAGGAGCAGUAUGUAUUUAUCCAUGAUGCAAUCCUAGAAGCCUGUCUUUGUGGUGACACCUCCAUCCCUGCUUCCCAAGUUAGAUCUCUGUAUUAUGACAUGAACAAACUGGACCCACAGACAAACUCAAGCCAGAUCAAAGAGGAAUUCCGGACCCUAAACAUGGUGACACCAACGCUGCGUGUGGAAGACUGCAGCAUCGCACUCCUUCCCCGGAACCACGAGAAGAACAGAUGCAUGGACAUCCUGCCCCCAGACCGCUGCCUGCCUUUCCUCAUCACCAUCGAUGGCGAGAGCAGCAACUAUAUUAAUGCUGCCCUGAUGGACAGCUAUAAACAGCCUUCAGCCUUUAUAGUCACCCAGCAUCCUUUACCAAACACAGUCAAGGACUUCUGGAGACUAGUCUUGGAUUAUCACUGCACAUCAGUAGUUAUGCUCAAUGAUGUGGAUCCUGCCCAGUUGUGUCCUCAGUACUGGCCUGAAAAUGGAGUCCACAGGCAUGGUCCCAUCCAGGUAGAGUUUGUGUCUGCCGACUUAGAAGAGGACAUCAUCAGCAGAAUAUUCCGGAUUUAUAAUGCUGCCAGGCCCCAAGAUGGAUAUCGGAUGGUACAACAGUUCCAGUUUCUGGGUUGGCCAAUGUACAGGGACACACCAGUGUCCAAGCGUUCCUUCUUGAAGCUUAUUCGCCAAGUGGACAAGUGGCAGGAGGAAUACAAUGGUGGUGAAGGCCGCACCGUAGUGCAUUGCUUGAAUGGGGGAGGCCGCAGUGGCACAUUUUGUGCCAUCAGCAUCGUCUGUGAGAUGCUCCGGCACCAGAGAACUGUGGAUGUCUUCCAUGCUGUCAAGACACUAAGAAACAACAAGCCCAACAUGGUGGACCUUCUGGAUCAAUACAAGUUCUGCUACGAAGUGGCCCUGGAAUACUUGAAUUCUGGCUGAUGGCAUCAACAGCUCUGCAGAUGACCCCUCCCUACCACAAAGCCAAGAUGUUCCGUGGUAUUUGUGUAGAUGAGAUGAAGAUUUCUCAAUAUGCUUAUUUUGCUUUGCAUAAUUGGCUCUUUUUUAAGAGCCUGAGCCCAAGAAAGUGUUUAUAAAACUGCUUGCACUGCCCAAUUCCCAGUAAAUGCUGCUGCCUGACAGAAACACACAGCAUACAGUCAUCAGAUACUGUACUCCUUGUCACUGGCCUGUUAGAGCGGCAUAGACAUUUGGUCAUCCGAAGAGCACAAUUAUAUUCUUAUGAAGGAAUUUGUACCUUUGGAGUAUUUUUUUGUGGCCUGUGAUCCUUUGUCAUUGUGACAGCUGACUGUAUGUUUUUGUUCUGUGGAGAAUGCUGCCUGGCAUUAUGAUAAUAUAUUAUUUUAGUUAAUAUUUGUAUUUUAACAUGUCACAUAAUAUAAGCUUAUGUAGCUUUCCAGGACUAACAGAUAAAGAUGUAAUGAACAAACCUAUGUCAUAAGAGUGGUGGUUUCUAUCAGAUUUGUAUUGUUUCCAAGGGAAAAGCUUGGGAGGACUUAGUUCAGAUAUGCAACACAGUCAGAUUCGCAGAUCCAAAGCUUUUCCAUUUGUUUAUAUUGUAAAUAUUUUUGAUUUCAUCAAAUUAUUUAUUCAUUAAAAGAAAUUUUUGUGAAGCACA